GCGGCGGCCGACUCGCUGCGCGCCGUCGCCGAUGACGUCGCGAAAGAGGGGCGCGCGGCGGAGGCGGGGCCGCGGGGCACGUGUCGCCUGACGUAGGUUGCGAAGUGACGCCGCUGCCCAUAGUUACCCGGCGACGUGAGGAGAAGAUGGGUUUGCUGUCAAUACUACGGAAAUUGAAGAGUGCCCCUGAUCAGGAGGUUAGAAUACUCCUACUAGGUUUGGACAAUGCAGGGAAAACAACAUUACUCAAACAGUUGGCUUCAGAAGACAUUAGUCACAUCACACCUACACAGGGAUUUAAUAUCAAAAGUGUGCAGUCGCAAGGUUUCAAAUUAAAUGUGUGGGACAUCGGAGGACAGCGAAAAAUUAGACCAUACUGGAGGAACUACUUUGAAAAUACUGAUGUUCUUAUCUAUGUCAUUGACAGCGCAGACCGCAAAAGAUUUGAGGAAACGGGACAGGAGCUGGCUGAGCUACUAGAUGAAGAAAAACUGAGUGGUGUCGCUGUUCUUGUUUUUGCCAACAAGCAAGAUUUGCUGACAGCUGCCCCAGCAUCUGAGAUAGCUGAGGGGCUGAACCUGCAUACAAUUCGUGACCGUGUUUGGCAAAUCCAGUCUUGUUCUGCACUCACAGGAGAAGGUGUACAGGAUGGGAUGAAUUGGGUCUGCAAAAAUGUCAAUUCAAAGAAGAAAUAAAAACCCCUUCAAGCACCAUGGAAGGAACAAGAUGGACCAUUUCCGAUUUGAUGAUGAUAAUUAAUUGUUCCUGACCAAAUUCUCCUCCACUAUUCACAAUUUUAGCUAUGAAGCCAGAAGUGGCAUUGGGAGUCAUGUAUCUCCAGUACACUACCUGAAUUUUUGAAUCCUUUUAUAAAUACUGUACAUGUUCUGUGAAUGUCGCUGCAAUACAUCCAUGCAUUUCAAACGAUCCUUCUGAAUGCAGUGUGCUGUAAGCUGCAUGGACUGAUGUGUGAUAACUCUUGUGGGACAUGCCCUCAUUUUCUUUGCUAGAAGCUUUAAGAAAAAAAUAAAACACAGUUGUUGGCUGUUUUCUCUCCUCCAAACUUAACAUUUCUUUUUAUAAGACAUCUGUGCAGAUGAACCAUUGUCCUCUAUUUCAGAUUCUGCUGACUUUUGCCCUUUAUAGGGAACUUUUUCCACUUUGUAAUAUACAAUUAAAUAUAUAUUUUAAUUGGAAUGGUUUGCCAUGCAGCUUUUAGAAGAAUUACUUUCCUCUCUGUUUCUUCUGUGGAUGCACAGAGCUCUGGUGCACUAGUAGUUUAAACUUAAAGCUGGAGAAGUGCAAGACAGAUGAGGGUUUUAGCUUGGGCUGGUGUGCGUAAUUCAGGCUUAUUAUGUAGGCAAAAGAACUGCAGUAAAAUUUAUCAAAAGCUCUUUUUACAAUGAGUUUAACUAGAAACUAUCCAAAUUUACAAAGCAUUUUUAGGCCACAUGCAACUGAUAAAUUGCCUUAGUUAUCUUGAUUUUCUUUCACAAAUAAAGUUUACGGAAUCACUUUCGUAGGAGAAUUUUAUUUUCACCUCUCACAGAUAAGGAAGCAGCAAAGCAAGUGAUUCGCAGAUCUGUAGCGUUGCAGCUUGGCUGCUUUAAAUCCUCAUUAAUGAGCUGCAAGCAGAUUUGCCAUUAAAAGGCUGGAGAGGAAGCAGCUGCCCAACCAUAGAAAUAUAGUAGAUUGGAGCUGCUGCCAAGGGCCUAGGGGAAUGGUCCCUGGCAAAAGGCAAGUGCUUGGUGUGUUACCAUUGUGAUUGUCUGUUGUGUUCUAUCAAUGGAGGUACCUGCAUAGUUCGACAUUAUUUAUUUGCUUUAAUUUUGACCAUUCUUUUGGUUACUUGAGGCACAACACUAACGUGUAUAUGUCUGGAGUAUUCUUCCUGCAUUAGUGCUGGUUUGUUUAAAUGCAGAUUUAUUGCAAUAAGUGAAACCAGCUUUCCAGAAAAUGUUGUUGCAUUUUAAAUGAUGGGGUUAGGAGGAGAGUUGGGGCAUUUAACACUAGAGAAGUAGAAUGAGCACUUCCAGCAAGACCAAGUCUUGGAUUAUAACAGAUAGCCUGCCUGCAAAUAAGAACUCACAUUAUUAUUUUUUUUGCUAGUAAUUAAACAGCUCACCAUCCAUGAAUAAAUCUUAGCAGUCAUGAAGCUGAAAACUGACCCUUGGUGCAGUGUCAAGCAACCAUUAAAGGAACAAUAAUAAAAAUGAGAUUAUUAUGGUUGUGUUCAAUAAAAUAAAGGAACCAGUU